AAAAUUGCUCUCAGCGCCAUAUUGACUCUGUACCCUGUCGUAACGCUGAAUUUUUUUCCGGCUUCGUUUCCACUGUGUAACAUGGCUUUUCAGUGUCAGAGGGAUAGUUAUAUGAAAGAAUUUGUCACGUCGGUGGUGUCCUGUUCGCCUGCCGAACUGAAACUGGAUAGCAACAACGGCAAGAAAGAAAAAGUGAAGGGCUUUAAUGUGAUACUAAAAGACACAAUUCUGUUCCCCGAGGGAGGCGGACAGCCUGAUGACCAUGGACUCAUCGAGGAUCUGGCUGUGGUGCGAGUGUUGAGACAGGGAACAGAGGCAGUGCACUUCACCAGCUCAGCUUUAGAAGAAGGCCGUGAGGUUCGGCUCAAGGUGGACUGGGAGCGUAGGUUUGAUCACAUGCAGCAGCAUUCAGCCCAACAUCUGAUCACUGCUUUGGCGGACACAAUGUUUGGAUAUAAAACUACCUCAUGGGAGUUGGGCCGUCAGCGCAGCAGUAUCGAGCUGGAUGCGGCCUCUGUGAAGCCGGGAGAGAUGGAGGCAUUGGAGGAUGCGGUCAAUGACAGGAUCCGUGCUCAUGUCCCAGUCAAUGUGCACCUCCUCUCUAUAGAUGACCCUGAUGUUGAGAAGGCAAGGAGCAGAGGGCUUCCUGAUGAUCAUGCUGGACCAAUCAGGAUCAUUGAUAUUGAGGGAGUAGAUGCCAAUAUGUGUUGUGGGACCCACGUGUCCAAUCUCAGUCAUCUACAGGUGAUUAAGAUUCUAGGGACAGAGAAAGGGAAGAAGAAUAAGACCAACUUAAUUUUCAUAGCCGGAAACAGAGUCCUGAAAUACUCAGAGAAAUGCUACAACACAGAAAAGUCACUGACGUCGCUGCUGAAAACAGGACCAGAUGAGCAUGUUGAUGCCGUGGACAAAUUGCAGAAAACUGUCAGGCGCCUUCAGAAGAGUAACCUCACUAUCCUCAGGGACAUGGCUGUUCUUAUAGCACAGAACUUCAAGAGCCAGCCAGAGAGAGGCAACUUCUUCAGUUUGCACAACAAGGAUGGUGACAAUGAGUUCAUGAACAUCAUUGCCAAUGAGAUUGGCUUUCAGGACACAAUCAUUUUUCUGACGGUGGGGGAAGAGAAAGGAGCAGGACUGUUUCUCCUUGCAGGGCCUGAGAAUCUCGUAACUGAAGUUGGGCCACGAGUAGUGCAGCUGCUACAGGGAAAAGGUGCAGGAAAGAACGGCCGUUUCCAAGGCAAGGCCAACAGCCUGGCGAAGAGAGCCGAGGUGGAGGCUUUGCUGCAGGAGCACAGCCGCCGGCGCACUGCAGGAGAGGAGUGACAGAUGAACAGAUGGAUCCUGGUGCCCUCGCUGCCUAAAGAGCACAUGAAGCUUCAGCUGGACUGACUACAGCCAGCUCUUUAAACAGCCAUUAUGACAAUUUAUUAUUCUAACAAUUUUGCUGACAAAUUUUCGGUUAUUUGUUAAUCUUGUAAAUUUUUGUUAAUCUAAGUUAAAUCAGGUUUAUUUAUGAAUUGUAUUUAAAGCAAGAAAGUCGAAUGCGCUGUUAAGUUUAUUCAAUCAACAGGACAAAACACACAGACACACACACGAAGCCGAGGCAGAUCGUUUCCAUAGAUGUGAAAUAUUUUGAUUGAAUUGUGUAUGUCAGUGGUUUUCAAAGUCUGGGGCCGCCAGGGGGCGCCCGGGGGCCUCAACAAUUUGGUGUGCCCAUCCCUCCCACUAGUAUGUUUUUUCUUUCUCACUCUCAGACAACCAAACACACACUCAAUUCCUAAUGUUAUGUUAAGAUGUAAUUAUUAAUUAAAAAGGGGGGGGGGAUAUAUUCAGAAGUCUGUGUUUUUAAUGUGUUUUAAAGACAUCUUGCAAAAGGAGGGCCUUGGUCAAGUGUUAAUGCCAUUUGGGGGUCCUUGCCCUGGAAAAGUUUGGGAACCCCUGGUGUAUGUUAUAAGCAUUUAAGCAUAGCACAGCUCUGUUGAUUACUCAAAUUGGUCAAAAGCUCUUGAUUAAUUUUCAAUAACUGCAGUUUGGACAGUAGUGCUGACUGUAAUAAAUCACAGGUUUAUAAUAUUGCA